UUCAGGAAGAAGUACGGUAGCGUCCAGCCUUCCGUGAACGAUGGAUCCCCUGGAGUAAAGAACGAUGCCUGUGGUCCUGCGAGCUCAUCGGGAUGUAUAGAGCAGGGGACGCAGUGGAGCGUCCACUUCACGGGCCGGCGCCCCCUCGCAUGAGGAGUGUGGAGGUGGCCAGAGGAAGAGCAGGGUACGGAUUCACCCUUUCUGGCCAGGCGCCUUGUGUGCUCAGCUGUGUCAUGAGAGGGAGCCCCGCAGAUUUUGUGGGCCUCCGUGCUGGUGAUCAGAUACUCGCUGUCAAUGAAAUCAACGUGAAGAAAGCGUCCCACGAGGAUGUGGUGAAACUGAUUGGGAAGUGUUCUGGCGUCCUGCACAUGGUGAUUGGUGAAGGCAUGGGCCAUGUGGAGUCCUGUUCCAGUGAUGAAGAGGUUGGAUUUUAUGAAGGAAAAGGCUGGUUGAAGCCCAAGCUUGAUUCCAAAGCCUUAGGUAUCAAUAGGGCAGAGAGAGUGGUUGAAGAGAUGCAGUCCGGUGGAAUUUUCAGUAUGAUUUUUGAAAACCCUAGUCUUCGUGCAAGCACUUCAGAGCCCUUGAAAUUGAAACAAAGAUCCCUUUCAGAGUCAGCCGCUGCGCGAUUUGACCUUGGACGUGAAAGUAUAAGUCAUCCGAAUCCCAGCCUGCUCUCUAAGGAGGAAAUAUCAAAAGUUAUUCAUGAUGAUUCUGUUUUCAGUAUCGGACCCGAGAAUCAUGAGGAUUUUGCAUUAGAUGCAAGUAUUCUGAACGUUGCCAUGGUCGUAGGCUACUUAGGUUCCAUCGAACUUCCUUCCACAAGCUGCAACCUGGAGUCGGACAGUUUGCAGGCCAUCCGUGGCUGCCUGCGGCGCUUGCGGGCCGAGCAGAAAAUCCACUCCCUGGUGACCAUGCGGGUCCUGCACGACCGCGUGCAGCUGUGCACUGACCAGGCCGCCAUUCUGGCCGAGUACCCGGCUGAGAAGCUGGCCUUCAGCGCUGUGUGCCCAGAUGACAGGAGGCUCUUUGGGCUUGUGACCAUGCAGAGCAGCGACGAUGGGAGCCUGGCACACGAGGAGGAGGGCGCCUUGCGGACUUCCUGCCACGUGUUCAUGGUGGAUCCAGACUUGUUCAACCACAAAAUCCAUCAAGGCAUCGCUCGGCGGUUUGGGUUUGAGUGCACGGCCGACCCCGACACCAAUGGCUGUCUUGAGUUCCCGGUGUCCUCUCUCCCUGUCCUCCAGUUCAUCUCCGUGCUCUACAGAGACAUGGGCGAGCUGAUCGAGGGGGUGCGGGCCCGGGCCUUUGUGGACGGGGAUGCGGACGCCCACCAGAACACCAGCACCAGCAGCAACAGUGACAGUGGCAUUGGGAAUUUCCACCAGGAGGAGAGAAGCAGCCGAGUGCUUGUGGUUGACCUGGGUGCCAGCUCGAGCAGGCACGGCCCCAGCAACGGUGGCUGGGAGGGUGCGGGUGGGAGGGGCUCCCAGCCCUGGGCCGCCCCCUGGAACGGGGCCUUCUGCCACGACGCCGAGGGGGGGCCCCCGUUUGAGGCCGCUCCGCAGGCUGACAGGUGCCGGGACUUCAGUAAGCACUUGGGACCCGCUGCUCACGCGGAGGUUCCCCCGGCCUCCUUGCGGAGCUCGGUCCCUCCUUCCAAGAGGGGCGCUGCCGGCCACGGCGGGGGUUUCGGCCAGCGGUGGCUUCCGGUCCACGUCCUGCAGGAGUGGCAGUGCGGACACGCCAGCGAUCAGGAGUCGUACACGGACUCCACCGAUGGGUGGUCCAGUGUCAACUGUGGCACGCUGCCCCCUCCCAUGAGCAAGAUCCCCGCCGACCGCUACAGGGUGGAGGGCAGCUUGGUGCAGCCCCCGCUGAGCACCCAGAAGAGGGACUGGUCCAGGAAGGCUUUUGGGAUGCAAAACAUUUUCGGUCCCCAUCGACAAGUUAGAAAGACUAAGGAAGACAAGAAGGGCUCAAAAUUUGGGCGGGGAAUCGGACUCACUCAGACUUCUCAACGCACAUCUGCCCGGAGAUCGUUUGGAAGAUCCAAGAGAUUUAGUAUCACUCGCUCCCUUGAUGACCUUGAGAGCUGACCGGCGCCGACCUGAAGGACUGCGUGAGCCACCACAGUCUGAGCAGCAAUGCCAGCCUCCCAAGCGUG